AUGCUUCCAAGUAGAGGGCUGCGGCCAGGCCAUUUCGCCCCUUUAGCUUUACGACAGUCGACAAUAGUUCGUUCUCAUGCUUCAAGAAAGUUCUCUUCUCUUCCCGCAACCGCUAGCCUCUCCGCUCCAUCAUGUCGAACAAGCCCGCUUCAGUCCGCUCGGUGGAGAACGGGCGCAACGGGGAGAUCGAAUGUCCUCUUGACCGCAUCAUCUGUUCGCUAUGGAUCAUGGUAUGCUCCUUGGAGUUGGGGGAGAUCUAGUACACCGACUGGCCCCGCCGAACAAGUCCCAAUAGCCGAAAUCUCACAUCAACCCGGUACCCUAUCUUCGACUCAACCCGCCUCCGAAUUUGCAAAACAUGCCGAACCCGUCGUCACCACGGCUACCCCAGAACUCGCUCCUGCAGGCAUUGACAAGGCUGCGUUUGUAGACCGAACAUCGAGUGCAACGGGCCCAACCGCAGAAAGCGCCUCGACAUGGAGUGACGCAAAGACUUUCGAAGAACUGCUCAGCGAUGACCCCACCAAAGACGUUCUGCCCAAAGCCGAGUUCGACCCUACUCAGCUAAUCGAUCACGCCGGACACUUGAAGGAACUGGGUCUGGACUAUGGUUAUGGCAUGACGACCGUGUUCGAAAGGACCAUUGAGUCGAUCUACCUGUCCUCGGGCUGGGGUUGGGCCGGUUCCAUCAUGGCCGCCGGUGUAGUGGUUCGCUGCGCAACCUUCUUCUUCCAGGCCCUCAGCUCGGACAAGAUGGCAGCUAUGGCCUCAUUGAAACCCGUCACUCAGCCUCUGCAAGAGAAGAUGGAGGCCGCGAUUGCAAAGGGUGACAAGCAACAAGCCGAGUUAUUAAGGUUGCAACAGCAAGAGAUUAUGAAGCCGCACGUGGGAGGUUUCCUAUCCAUGGGAGGGUUCAUGAUUGUUCAGGGUUGGAUUGGUUUCUCCGCUUUCAGGUUUUUGAGGGCCAUGGGCGAGCUGCCCGUCCCUGGCAUGAACCAGGAUGGCUUCUUGUGGUUCUCGGAUCUAACGGUUCGCGACCCGUACUUCAUCUUGCCAGCUGCGACUACGGCGAUCAUGUACACGGUCUUCAAGACUGGCGGCGAAACCGGUGUUCAAAAUGACGUCGGACAAGCAGCCCAGAGACAGAAGAUGUUCACCGGUCUAGCCAUCUUCCUCGGUAUCGUCACUGCUUUCCAGGCCUCCGCUCUUCAACUAUACUUCCUGAUGUCAGGUAUUAUGGGUGGUCUUACAGGCUGGCUCCUCCGUCAAAACAGCUUCAGACGCAUGAUCAAUAUCCGCACACUGCCUAGCAAGGAGAGCAACGAGAUGUAUUCCAGGGUUGUGAAAGGCGAGUUGAAGUUGAAAGAUGUCAAGACCCGCGACGGAAAGAUCCGUUACCAAUCACCAAAACCUACGAUCAAACCGGAAAACCGCCGCAACUCGACAACAUUGUCUGGCAUCAACAUCAAGGCUGGAACUGCCCUCCCCGCGCACUUGAAGCCUGAAGCCCCUAAGGUCGAUACAGACCGACCCAGGCUUCAGGAUGAUGACUUCGAGGAAGGCACUCAAGGCAAGCCACUGAUGCAGAAGUUGGAUUACUAUAGGAGGAAUUAUAGGAUUAGUUAUAUGUGGAGGAGGAUGACGAGUGGUGUGGAGGAUAUGGGGCGAAAGGCAGGCUACGGCGGACCGAAGAUGACGAAGGAGCAGGAAAAGAGGAAGCGGAAGGCGGAGGAGUAUGAGAUUGAGAGGCGGAGGAGGUUUGAGAAUCGGCAGUAG